AUGCUUCGCUCCCUGCUUCCCCCAUGCUUCCCCAAUCCUCCACCCCCGCAGGGCGACGCUGCACGUGGGGUGCGCCAACCUCAACUUCAACCCCCCUCCCUCGCUUUGCCUCUCUUCCCUUGCGUUCCCACCACUCCCCUUCCCCACCUCCCCAACUCUUCCCCCACUUCCAGGGCGACGCUGCACGUGGGGUGCGCCAACCUCAACUUCUCCGCCUCCUUCACUCACCACUUCAACCGCACGCACCAGCACAGCCUCGCCUCCUGGCCAAUCACAAUCACGCCACGUGGCGAGGCGCUGACCAGAGCCAGCACCCUUGGCAUUAGCAGCAUCACAGGCGACAGCCGCAGCAGCAGCACAGGGGAGAGCGGCAGACGUGUCACCACCACACCCGCCGCUUAUUCAGAAGCAGCAGGCGGGGACCGUGAGGGCAGAGGCGGGAGUGAGGGGGAGAGGCACGGGGCGGGGGAGGGGGUGGGGAAAGGGCAGGGGGAGGAGGAGCAGGAGGGGGUGCAGGACUGGCCGGACACUCCAUGCAAUGGGACGUCUGUGCCGGGGCGAUGGGUGGUGAAGGCAGAUGGGUCACUCAGGUGGGCUUUCUACCGCUGCGCAGCGCCUGAAAUCCGCCCGUCCGAGUGGAUAGGGGCGCUACACGAGAGGGGCAUUCGGGAGAUCAGCAUCGUGGGGGACAGUCACCAGCGGUUCCUGGCAGCUCAUCUGCACUUCCUGCUCACGGCACAGGCGGACAAGGAUGUGAAGCGGUGGCAGGAUAAUCUGGUGUUUGACGCGCGUGACAGCAGCAACCGCACGCUCAGAAUCAACUUCUACUGGAUUGAUGGGAUCUACAAGAAUGGGGAGUUCGGCUGCACCCAUCGGGGAGUAACCACCAACCGGUCGGAGGCCUUCCCCGAAAUCUCCCCCACUGCUGACGUCACGCUCUUUGAAGGAGGCUACUGGGCAGCUUCCUUCUGCCGCCAGCCCCUCAAGGCGCUCCGAGUGCACCUCGAGGAGUUUGCUCGCUGGGCGCUUGCCGCCGCGCCCGCUAAAGGCAGGGUUAUUUUCCGUACUAUCCCGUCUUUUCCGGUGGCGGGGGACCGGUGUCACGCGUGGUAUCCGGGACCGAGUUCGAAUAGGGUGGUUAUGGCGAUCAAUGUGCUGCUGAAGCAGAUAGUGCAGGGGAGAGGCGUGGAGGGAGAACAGCGAGGAGCGGGGGAGGCGGGGAAUGUUGUUGAGAGAUUAGGGGCAUGGUGGCGAGGAGGGAUACGAGGGCGAGAUGUUGGUGGGGAAGGAAGGGGAAGUGGAGGAGGGAUAGAGAAGCUAGUGUAUCUCGAUUCGAGCUUGCAGGUGCUGCCGCGGGACUCUGAAGAAGAGGGGGAAAACGUGGAGAGCGCAGGAGCAGCGGUGAGCAAAGGAGCAACGGAGAGCAAAGGAGCAGCGGAGAGCAAAGGAGCUGCGUCGGAUAUUGAAGAGGCGGAUGAGAUUGCUGCAGCUGGUGGUGCUGACGGUGGUGCUGGUGCUGGUGCUGGUGCUGGUGCUGGUGAUGGUGUUAGUGGUGCUGCUGCUGCUUCUGGUGUUAGUGGUGGUGGUAACUCCUACUCAGAAAAGCGGCCACCACCACCAUCACCACGAGCAGCAGCAGAAGAAGCGCCAUAUGCUGAGUUGGCAGCGUUACCAGUAGGGGCAGCAACAGUGCUGGACACGUGGCAGGUGGACGGCCCUCGGUAUGCCGACACAGCAGAGCCUAACGACCAUCAUUACUCCAUGGUGAAACCAACAAAGGAAGGCGCAGUGGUUGUGGGGGAGGUGGGGGAAGCUCAAGUGCGCGCCUUCAUUCAUUACCUGCUGCACCUGCUGCCGCCGGUCCGUGCAAGUGCACUCUAG